CAGACGUCGGGCAACAAGCACCGUUACAUUUGUAGUUUGGGAUCUAAAAAUAACCCACAACAGCACUUAAACGUGUGCUUGGCUCGCUACCAUUUGUCAAAACGCCGCUUGGGGUUGGAGGAUAAAUUAGAUAUGAAUGUUCCUGCGGGAUUUCGAGCGGAUUCGUUAGCUCCCAAGUAGUGAUUCCGGUUCAGUGGGAAGGUUUGAACUGUUCUCUGGAAAGUGACCAUUGUUGAAAUCAGGUCGAAGCUGUUGUCAUUCCCACUGGCUGACUUUCUUAGCUUCUUUUUUUUACGGAUUCAAAACAAAAAACAGUGCAAGCUUUUUAGUGUCAUGAAAGAAAUGUCAAGCGCCAUGCCUGGUGGGCAGCAGCCUCAGAAACACUAUGGCAUCACCUCCGCCAUCAGCCUGGCUCCCCCACGAGAAAUAGACCAUUUGUACACCAAGAAACUCUGUGACGCUAUGAAACCUUUCGGUGUUUUUGAGGACGAAGAGGAGCUGAACCACAGACUCGCUGUGCUUGGGAAGUUGAAUAACUUAGUUAAAGAAUGGAUCGCAGAGAUCAGUGAAUUAAAGAACCUUCCACCGUCUGCUAUUAGUUGUGUUGGAGGAAAGAUUUUUACAUUUGGUUCAUACAGACUUGGAGUUCACACAAAAGGAGCUGAUAUUGAUGCCUUGUGUGUGGCACCGCGGCACGUAGAGAGAAUCGACUUUUUCCAGUCUUUCUUUGAGAAAUUGAAACAGCAUGAAGAGAUCAAGGACCUCAGGGCUGUUGAAGACGCUUUUGUACCUGUGAUAAAAUUCAAAUUUGAUGGGAUUGAGAUUGACCUGCUUUUUGCCAGAUUGGCCUUACAGUCCAUUCCAGACAACCUGGACCUGAGGGGCGACUCCAUCCUGAAGAACUUGGACAUUCGAUGCAUCCGAAGCCUCAACGGUUGUCGAGUAACGGAUGAAAUUUUAUACCUUGUGCCAAACAAAGAGAACUUCAGGUUGACAUUGAGAGCCAUCAAACUCUGGGCGAAACGUCGAGGGAUCUACUCCAACAUCCUGGGUUUUCUGGGUGGAGUUUCAUGGGCCAUGCUGGUGGCCCGGACCUGCCAGCUCUACCCCAACGCCGUAGCUGCCACACUCGUCCAUAAGUUCUUCCUGGUUUUCUCAAAAUGGGAAUGGCCGAAUCCUGUGCUACUGAAACAACCUGAGGACAGUAAUCUCAAUUUACCUGUUUGGGACCCCAGAGUGAACCCGUCUGACAGAUACCACCUGAUGCCCAUCAUCACGCCCGCGUACCCCCAGCAGAACUCCACCUACAACGUUUCCACGUCAACGCGCACCAUUAUGACGGAGGAGUUCAAACACGGUAACGCUGCUUUGUUUUCCCGGAGACAUUGAAUGUGUCGCAACUCCAAUCCUCCAGAGCCAGACGUGAGUUUGUUGUCGUUUACGUAAACAAUCCGAACGCGUUCGCUCUGGAUGUAUGGCAAUAAAACGUCCUGUCUUAUUAAACCUUAAUGUUUUAAGGUUUCUCUAAACUGCUUAUUUUACUGUUUUUUAUUGCUUGAUUUAGACAAAAUUUCUGUAUUUUCUCCAAGUAUUUUGUAAAAAACCUGCUGCAACAAUAAGUGGACAAAAUUUAUUAGAGUAAAUUCAAUUUCAAUCAUUGAGCUGUUGUUUUUUAAAAAAGUUUAGGCUUGCCAGUUGUGAUAAAUCCAAUAAAACUGAUGUUUAAUCUUUACUAAAAUGUGUCACUUUAUUAAAUAAAACUGAACAACCAAAAGCAGAAUUCAGAUAAACUGAGAGAUCAUUUCUCUGCCUACUCUUGUGUGUUGUGCUGCACUAUUAAUUUUGUUAUACAUGUUACUGUGCAAUGACAAUAAAUCUAAUCUAAUAUUCAAAUAGUGAUCUCGACUUUAUUUUAACAUUAAAGCUGGCAGCCAAAACUAUUUAAAUAUUUCAUAGUGUUAGAAAAACUGCAAACAUCGUAAAUUUAAGUGAAGAUCGUGUUAAAAGAUUAUUUGUAAAUAGAAUUACAUGUAAUAUUUAAAUUUUAAAUAUUUAUUUAAAUUUAAAUAUUACUGAAAAGCCAAUUUAUUCCAGGAGCUUUAUCAUAAAGUGAAACACACAUUAUAGAUUGAUUACACACAGAUGGAUGUUUUCUAAAGUUUUAUUUCUCUUAAUUACAGUUCAUGAAAACGUGACAUUUAAAAUGAGAAAAUAACAUAAAACCAUUACAUUAUAUAUAUUUUUAGAAACAAAAACAUGGGAUUAAUGAAAAGUAUGUUUAAAGGGGCAUUGUUAGGUAUUUCUAAGCCACAUAAUGACACAUUACAGCAAAAUCAAGUAACUGUUUCCUUCAGUUGACAUGAUUUAAAAGAAAUAUAAAGAAAUUGGACGUCUGUCUCUUUAAGAAAGUCAUCCCAAUAAUGCUCCUCCAUGAAGCCGUUUAGUACCAUUCUCAGGACUGAUAUGACGAGCUUUUCCAGGUAUUUGCUAAUUGCUGCUGCCGCUAGUCUGUAGGAGCUGAGUGAGUGUUUGGCUAUCGAGGAUCGGACUCGGAGACUCGUCCUUAAUUUGACCUUGAGUCACUCGUCUGUUUGUCAUGAACAGGUCUCAGCG